AACUAAGUUGACGAGCUCUUACCAUAUGAGGUAUCACAUGAUGGGAUUCCCAUCACAUGUUCCAUCGUACAGUUCAUUUCUGAAUCGGCUUGCGGAGUGCUCAGGGGUGAAAUCAGUCUGUAAACGAGUCUAAAACAUGCGCCUUAGCGUCUUCGUGGCACUGGUCGUGGCGACCUUCGUGGCGACCUGCAUCAGCUUCACCAGCGCCGAGAAUGUCGCUCAGAUCCGCGGUGUCGACAGUGGCAACAACGUACAGGACGGCCGCAGAUUGGCCACGGCGGACGAAUGGUGGCUAGCGGAUACUAACACCGAAGAGAGACUGAGCGGUGGAUCAUUUGUCAACAAGAUGAAAGGAAAACUCAGAAGUGUCCGGACCGGCGGCACUGUGAAGACGGAAAAAUUGAAUAACGCGCAGGUCAAGACAAUAACGAGGGAGGUUGCGACGACUGUGAAGAAGGACCGCAAGACUUGGCCUAUGAUCAAGAAAGGUCUGAAAAUUCUGUACGGCGCCCUCCUGGCAGGUCUCAUCAUUGUUGGUGUCGAAGCGAUGCUUUCUGAAGAAUACUAGUAACUUUCUAAAUGUUACACUCCCCGCUUUGUCGGGUGGACGUUGCUGUGGUU